GGACCCUGGCCCGGGCUCCCGAGGCCCCGCCCUCCUCGGGCCUCGGGACUAAUCGGAUUGAGAGCGCGCCGGCUCGGGCCGCGAACUCGCCAAUUGCGGAGGGCGGCGGCCACCGCCCAAUCCGGAGCAGACAGGUGCGAGGUCCGGAAGACGGCGGCCAAUCGGCGGCCGUUGCGGCCUGCGGGGGCGGGGCUCGGCCGGUAAGAAGGCUCGAGUGACGUCUCCGCGCGCCAAUAGGGAGUGAGGAGCGGCCGUGCCCGCCCGCCCUUCCGGCCGGAGCGCUCUUUACCAGGGGCGUGCAGCCCGCCUGCCAAUCAGAGCGCGGCUGGGCGCCCGGCAGCCAACCCCGGAGGAGCGGCCGGCCGGCGUCCGCCGCACCCAGAGCCGGGGAUGUCCUACAAGCCCAUCGCCCCCGCCCCCAGCAGCACCCCUGGCUCCAGCACGCCUGGUCCGGGCACGCCGGUCCCCACAGCCGGAAGUGUCCCGUCCCCGUCGGGCUCGGUGCCGGGAGCCGCUGCCCCUUUCAGACCGCUGUUUAACGACUUCGGACCGCCGUCCAUGGGCUACGUGCAGGCGAUGAAGCCCCCCGGCGCCCAGGGCUCGCAGAGCACCUACACGGACCUGCUCUCGGUGAUCGAAGAGAUGGGAAAGGAGAUCCGGCCCACCUACGCGGGCAGCAAGAGCGCCAUGGAGCGGCUGAAGCGAGGCAUCAUCCACGCCCGGGCCCUGGUCAGAGAGUGCCUGGCAGAGACAGAGCGGAAUGCCCGCACGUAACGGACCUCUCCGGCCACUGCAGCGCGCCUGCUUCUCCCGGGCCCUCACCCCGAGCUGCACUUCCCGGCCUGGGCUCCUGUCCCGGGUCCCACGGUGGGUGCCCGCCAGGGCCCCGGGGUGGCUCUCGCAGCACUGCCCCGGGCCCCUUCCCCUGCGGGAGCAGCACGGUCACUGGGAGCCCCUCCCCCCAUGACCGGCCCCCGGCGAGGACCCCACUGCCGGUUCUCUCACCCAGCUUUUCUCCUCCUUGCCCCCGGCCGCCGCCUCCCCCGAAGGCCUGGCGCCUCCCGCCUUGUCUCCCGGGCCAUAGCCACUUUUUCUCGGUGUGUCUUUUGCUAACUAUGCCCUUUUUAUAUAAAUAAAAGAUGAUUUGGA